AUGGCCAACCCCUACCAACAGGACGCCGGGCCAGAUCCUGAGGGCGGCUCACCGUACCCUCAGGAUGGUGGAGCAUACGACCAACAGCCUGCAGCGGGUGCCGCACCCAAAAAGAAGCGCGACAGAUAUGCUGGCCAGGCUUACGAGUUUGGAGCUGGCGGAAAUGCAGCAGCUGCACCACCUGGGGGAGGACCAUACCCUGGCCAGCAACCAGUAGCGGCGCAAGCACCACAAAAUAUUCAGGGAGGGUAUGGCUACCCAGGGCAAGGAGCGCAGCCCGCUUAUGGCAUGCCACAACAGCCUUCGUACGGCGACCCAGCUAUGGGCAGCCCUGCACCCCAGCAGGUACCAUAUGGACAACCACAAUAUGGCGCUCAAGGCGGGUAUGAGGCUCCAGCUCCUGGCUACCCUACUCCUGCGCAGCCUGGCAUGCCACCAGCAGGUGUCCAGGGCAUGACGCAGCAAUUUGGGCAGAUGGGCAUGGGAGGAGGCCAGCCAGCACCUCAGCCACAGCAGCAGCAAGGCGUGCAAAUGAGACUUAACCCGUUGCAACCUGUGGACAUCAGCCCCCAAGGCCAACCAUUCCAUGUCAGCGACCUGGAUCAGCCUCCCCCACCUAUUAUUCUGCCACCAAACUCCUCAGUCACACCGUCACCGCACGCCAAUUGCUCGCCGAAAUAUGUCCGCUCGACGCUAAACGCCAUGCCUGCGACCGCAUCCCUCCUCAAGAAGAGCAAGCUUCCCUUCGCGCUCAUCAUUCAGCCAUACGCGACCCUCCACGACUCAGAGGAUGACGUGCCAGUGCAGAGCGACCAGGUCAUUGCUCGUUGCAGAAGAUGCAGGACAUACAUGAAUCCAUUCGCAAGUUUCUUGGAUCACUCGCAUAGGUGGAGGUGUAAUAUGUGCAACCUGACCAACGACGUGCCACAAAGCUUCGACUGGGACAGUGUCAAGCAGCAAUCUGUGGAUAGAUGGCAGAGACCGGAGCUCAACUACGCAGUCAGCGAGUUCGUCGCACCGCAAGAGUACAUGGUUCGAGCACCACAGCCUCUGAUCUACCUGUUCCUCUUCGAUGUCAGCUAUGCUGGUGUCACAAGUGGACUGCUAGCGACUGCCGCACGAUGCAUUCUGGAGAGCUUAGACCGGAUACCAAACACGGAUCGACGGACACGACUAGGCUUUAUGGCGGUGGACAGCUCGCUGCAUUACUUCAGCAUACCGCGAGAUGGAGGCGAGAACAAUGAUGCGAAGAUGCUCGUAGUCAGCGAUCUCGACGAACCAUUCCUGCCAACGCCUGAGGAUCUACUGGUCAACCUCACAGAAUGCCGCGCCAACAUCGAAGCGUUCCUCGAGAAGCUCCAGGGCAUGUUUGCGAACCCACAGAACCCCAGCUCCGCCAUGGGUGCAGCUCUGCGCGCCGGUCACAAACUCAUCAGCCAUGUUGGCGGCAAGAUGGUUGUCCUGUCUGCCACUCUCCCCAACACUGGUUUCGGCAAGCUCGACAUGCGAGAGGACAAGAAGCUGCUAGGUACCUCGAAGGAAAACGCUCUUCUGCAGACGCAGAACAGCUUCUACAAGAGCUUCGCGGUCGAAUGCAGCAAAACUCAGGUGUCUAUUGACAUGUUCUUGUUCAGCGCCCAGUAUCAGGAUGUGGCAAGCUUGAGCAACCUUCCCCGAUAUACUGGAGGUCAGACAUAUUUCUACCCGGCAUGGAACGCGGCGCGAACAGAAGAUGCCAUCAAAUUCGCAACCGAGUUCAGCGACUACCUCUCGUCAGAGAUUGGCUUGGAAGCUGUACUGCGUGUGCGUACAACUACUGGACUCAGACCCAGCGCUUUCUACGGCAACUUCUUCAACCGAUCGAGCGACCUCUGCGCAUUCCCCUCAAUGCCCCGAGACCAAGCCUACGUUGUUGAGAUUGCAAUCGAUGAAAGCAUUACCAAGGCUUUUGCUUGCUUACAAGUCGGCGUACUCCACACUACGUGCAAUGGCGAGCGAAGGAUUCGUGUCAUGACUCUUAGCAUACCUGUUACGCAGAAUAUGGCCGAUGUCUACGCAGGAGCUGAUCAACAAGCCAUCACGCACUACUUCGCACACAAGGCAGUCGAGCGGGCAUUGAGCAGCGGCCUCGAUGCUGCUCGUGAUGCUCUGCAGGCGAAGAUGGUCGAGCUGUUGCAGACUUACAAGAAGGAGCUCGGCGGUGGCAACAUGGGUGGAGGUGGCCUCCAGUUCCCAGCAAACAUGAGAGCACUGCCAAUGCUCUUCCUUGGCCUGAUGAAGAACCUUGGCCUUCGAAAGUCAGCACAGAUCCCUACCGACCUUCGAUCAGCAGCACUUUGCCUACUGUCGACACUUCCACUACCCCUCCUGAUGCAGUACAUCUACCCACGGUUAUAUUCGCUACACGACAUGCCCGAUGAUGCCGGUCUGCCCGACGCAGAGACCGGCGCGAUUGUCAUGCCACCCGCGCUCAACCUCACCUCGGGCAACAUCGCCCCGUAUGGUUUAUAUCUUAUCGACGACGGGCAGACGCAAUUCUUGUGGCUCGGUCGCGAUGCCGUCCCUGCUUUGAUCAACGAUGUGUUCGGCACUGAAGACAAAAACCAGCUCAAGCAAGGCAAGACAACGAUUCCUGUACUAGAGACUGAAAUGAACGAGCGCGUGCGGGCUGUCGUUGAGAAAUCGCGCGAUCACCGCGGCAAGGGCUGCGGCAGCAUUGUCGUCCCUCCACUCUACUUGAUCAGAGAGGACGGCGAGCCAUCGCUGCGGUUGUGGGCACAGACGAUGCUCGUGGAAGACCGAGCCGAUCAAGGGGAGAGUGGUGCCAUGUUUAUUGGAAAGCUGAGGGAGAAGGUGAUCUCAUAG